AUCGUUAUGAAAUAUUAUGAAAAUGGUAACUUGUACCAAUACCUUGAUCGUCACGGUGGAGUUCUUUCUUGGAAAGUUAUAAUAGAUUUGUUACGAGAAAUCACCAGUAGACUUGAAAAAAUUCAUUUUGAAAACAAAAUUCAUGGAAAUCUUCAUGGAGGAAAUUUACUUGUUGAGGAUGAAAUGAUCGUUCGUAUUGGUGACUUGGGCAUUUAUGGGCCAAGUUAUAUUAAUUUUGAAAAUAGAAAUUUAAAUCAAAUUUAUGGAGUUUUGCCAUAUAUUGCACCGGAAAUGUUACGUGGAGAAAACAUUACUAUUGCUUCUGAUAUAUAUUCGUUUGGUAUUAUCAUGUAUACUUUUGCAGCCGGAAAAAGACCUUGGUAUAAUAGAGCACAUAAUAUUAGUUUAGCAAAAGAUAUUUGUGAUGGUAAAAGGCUUGAAAUUCCGGGGGAUACACCAGAUUUUUACGCCAAAUUAAUGAAACAAUGUUGGGAUAACGAUCCAGAUAAACGUCCA